AUGAUGAUGAUGGUUCAUCAUGAUAAUCACCGUCGUCCAUUUUCAUCAUCAGAAAGAGGUGAAGCUGAUGGUCCCACAUGUAACAGACCCCCUGUGACUGAUAACUAUCCUAAUAAUAAUAGUGUAUACGAUGUCGUAGUUGCUGCUGCAGCUGGUUCUUCUUCUAGUGGCGGUCAAGUUUUAAGAGGUUUGCAGCCUUUUGACAUUUCAAACAGAACAACGAACACUCCUAUUUCUGCUCAUCAUACCGCCUUCAGGUCCCCAGGAGGGAUGACGACAUCUUUGGGCUUUCCUUUUACAAAUACACAGUGGAAAGAGCUUGAGAGACAAGCCAUGAUAUACAAGUAUAUGGUUGCAUCUCUCCCUGUGCCUCGUGAUCUCCUCUUCCCAAUUACCAGAGCUCCCUCAAGCCCAACUAUUUCUCAAUCACCCUUGAGUAGCGGUUUCAAUCUUAGGCUAUCAAACAGUACAGAUCCAGAGCCAGGGAGGUGCAAGAGAACAGAUGGAAAGAAAUGGAGGUGUUCAAGAGAUGUGGCGCCUGACCAGAAGUACUGUGAGCGCCAUAUGCACAGAGGCCGUCCCCGUUCAAGAAAGCAUGUGGAAGUUCAUGCCAACACCACAACCAAGAGGGUUCGCCAUGACAUCAAUCAAGCUCCUCCUACCAUGUCCCCGGCAACUGUGUCAAUUUCUGACACCACAUCCAUCAACAAGAAUGUUUGCCAGACUCAGUUUAUUGAAUCUACUCUUCAACCAUACCAUCAGUCUCCUAUGUUUCUGAAUAGGGACACUGUCAAGGCUACAACUUUUGAUUCUAUGAACUCUGCUUCAUCAGACAGAGAGCCUAGGAGCUUAGAUUGGCUGAUGAUGAAAGGAGAACCUGUUCAAAUGGCCACUUCUGAUCCACAAUGGCAGCAUCUGAUGCAGAGCAAAACAGAGCUAAACUCCAAGAUCCCCUUCUUUGAUGCUAAUUCCUCUAUUUUCACCCGACGUUCUGAAGAAGAGUGUUUCUUGAAUUUGAAUUCGUACACAAAUUUCAACGCCGGCGGAGAGGAUCAACCAGACAACGAGUGCAAUAUGUUUCUCAAUCCAGAUGUGGUUUCUUUAGGUAAUCCUCUGUUGGAAGAAACCCCAAGAUGUUUCAUUGACGCGUGGUCCAAAACAAUGAUAGAUGAAGACACCAUGGCCAACUCUAUUAGCAACAAAGACAAUAGCUCUGCUCCAUCAAGUGGGCAGCUCUCACCUUCUUCCCUAACACUGUCAAUGGGAGGGCUUUCAACAUGGCUCAGCCCUGCUUCAUGGGUUGCUUCGGCACCAGGCGGGCCAUUAGCUGAGGUCCUAAAACCCACGACCAGCGCAGCAUCAAAUCCAUCGUCUCCUAUCACAGCUGCUACUGCCAAUGGAGAAUUGGGUAGCCCAUUGGCGACAACGGUGUCAUCACCAUCUGGGGUUCUUCAGAAGACGUUUGCUUCACUGUCUGAUAGUAGUGGUAAUAGCAGCCCAACCCUGGCAAGUUCAAGGGCUAAGCAGCCAGAGAUUGUUUCUCUGUGGUUGAAUCAGAACAAAGCAUAA